CCUACACCCUCGGGCCUCCACCCUCCUCCUGUCCCUGUUGCCCAUCCGUCCGUCCCUCCCUCCCUCCCUCCCUCAGUAGUGAGUCAUGAAGUGGUCCCUGUGGAGCAUACUGCUGCUGGUGGUGUGUCUGUGCUCCCCAGGACGGAGUGAUUGCCAGGGUGACUGCCUGGCCUGUGGCCUCCUAAUACCCCUACCCAACCCCCAGACCCAGGGCCAGCAGCAAGCAUUCAACACACUGGUGUGUCUGUUGGAGUGUGAGGGUCACGUCUCCCCUGCCCUCACCUGGGAGCUGUGUCAGCGAGCCGUCCUACCUCACUACCACCUCCCACCAGACGGUGGCGCUGUGUCUAAGAGAGCAGCAGAGGAGCUGACCCUGGGCCCUGUAGACCUGGACUCUGACGGACAACUCCUCUACUCUGCAGCCAUGGAGCGCUACCAGCAGGACAAAGAAAACCAGGAAGAGGGGGACCUGGAGCGACGUGAUGCCCAGUACGACUCCUCCCCGCUGGACUCGACCGAGGAGGGAGACUCCCUGGCUCUGGAGAACAGGGAGGAGGAGAAGGAGGAGGAAGAGGACAGGAGGAGGAGCAGCCAGGGGGAGGGAGGAGAUGAGGAGGAGGCCGCGGUCCAGCUGACCAAGCAUUUCGGGGGCUUCCUGAAAGGUCACCACGGUUAUAGGAAGCUGAUUGGUGGGCCGGUGGGGCGGCCACUGCAGAAACGCCUCGGAGGGUUCAUCGGGAUCAGGAAGUCGGCCAGGAAGUGGAACAACCAGAAGAGGGUGAGCCAGCUCCUCCGGCAGUACCUGGGGAUGACCAGCGGCAGGGCCCCUGGCCGCGGGGUUGGGAGGUUCACUAACCCAGCCCAGGGCGUCAGGAGGCUGCCCAGCCGGCUGUAGCCUUCCCUUCCCUCCAACCUCCUGGGGCCUCUCUGCUCUUCUCUUCUCCCGUGCCUCCACCCUCCUGGGGCCUCUCUGCUCUUCUCUCCUCCUGUGCCUCCAACCCCUGGGGCCUCUCUGCUCUUCUCUUCUCCCGUGCCUCCA